AUGCAAGGAUUGUCAUUUCGUGGUGAUGAUGAAUUGAAAGAGUCUCUUAAUAGAGGAAAUCUAAUUGAGUUAUUGAACUGGUAUGCAGCUCGUUGUAAGGAAAUUAAAGAAGUAUUAUUUAAUAAUGCCCCUGGAAAUGACCAAAUGACUUCACCAACCAUCCAAAAGAAUUUGAUUAAUUGUUGUGCCGUAGAGACGACAAGGGCUAUUAUCAAUGAUAUUGGUGAUUCUUUGUUUUCAAUUUUAGUUGAUGAGACUCGUGAUAAUUCUGUGAAAGAAAAAAUGGCAAUUGUUUUAAGGUUUGUUGAUAAAAGUGGGCGAGUGAAGGAGCGUUUUUUGGGUAUAUCACAUGUCACUGAUACUUGUGCCCAAUCACUGAAGGAUACCAUUGAUGCAAUGUUUUCUACACAUGGGUUGAGUAUAUCUAGUCUGAGAGGUCAAAGCUAUGAUGGAGCAAGUAAUAUGUCAGGUGAGUUCAAUGGGUUGAAAGCUUUAAUUCUUAGAGAGAACCCACAUGCUAUGUAUGUUCAUUACUUCGCUCACCAGAUUCAGUUGGCAAUUGUAUUUGUGGCAGGUAGGAAUUGUAUGGUUGGUGAUUUUUUGGACGUACUUGCUAUUAUUGUGAAUUUGGUUGGUGCAUCAUGUAAGUGUGUAGAUGCUCUUCGAAUAAGUUAUCAAGCUAAUAUUCUGGAGAAGCUUAAUACUGGGGAACUUACUGGCGGAAGUGGUCAGUUUCAAGAAAUGAGUUUGGCACGCCCAGGUGAUACUAGAUGGGGCUCACAUUUAUUAACAGUUACUCGUUUCAUUAAUAUGUUUAAUGCUAUUAUAGAUGUUCUUGAGAAUAUAUCAGAAGAUGGCGUACAUUCAGAUAAAAAAUCUUCGGCCUUAAGACAGAUGAACAAUAUGCAAGAUUUUGAGUUUGUGUUUAGUCUUCACUUUAUGUUUCAAAUUCUUGCAAUUACAGACGACAUUUCACAAGCCUUACAGAAAAAGGAUCAGGAUAUUCAGAAUGCUAUGAGACAUAUUUUAGUGCCUAAUAUGGAGGAUAUUGUAGUAAUGAAAGGUCGACCUAGGCAUGUAGCUCAACAGUUGAAUGAUCGAUUUCCAGAAACAACUACUGAGCUCUUUACUUGCAUUUCAUGUUUAAGUCCAAGAGAUUCAUUUGCAGCUUUUGAUAAGGAUAAAUUGCUAUGUCUUGCUCAGUUCUAUCAUUUGGACUUCAAUAGUGAAGAACUUUUAUUACUUAGACCACAGUUUGAUAAGUUUCUUUUGCUUGUGAGAAUGGACGAAGCUUUCUUUAAUCUUAAUAGUAUAUCCUGUGUAGCUCAGAAGUUGAUUGAAACUAGAAGUUCCUAUUAUUUUCCAUUGGUUUAUAGGCUGCUCACCUUGGCUUUGAUAUUACCUGUGGCAACUGCAAGUGUUGAAAGGAUAUUUUCUGCUAUGAAUCUAAUCAAGAGUGAUUUGCGCAACAAAAUGGGAGAUGUAUGGUUGAAUGACAAUUUGGUGGUUUACGUGGAGAAAGCUAUUUUUAAACAACUUGAGAAUGAGGCAAUAUUGCGACGUUUUCAAAUCAUGAGACCCCGUAGAAUACAGUUGUCUAAGUUUACAGUUACAAAGUAA